AUGGAUAGGUCCAUAGCUGUUUUAUACGGUUCAGAAACUGGUAAUGCCCAAGAUUUUGCAGAGACAUUAACUAGAAGACUUGAACUAUUACAUUUCAAAGUUCAUCUAUCGUCAUUGGACGAGUUUGAUUUGAAAAAUUUGUUAUCAGUACGAAUCUUGAUUGUGCUAUGUUCUACUACAGGUCAAGGUGAGUUUCCAAAAAAUUCAAGAAAGUUUUGGAAAUUUAUGCUCAAGAAGAAACUGCCGAAUGAUUUAUUGAAUCAUUUGUAUUUCACCACAUUUGGGUUAGGGGAUUCAUCAUAUCCCAAGUUUAAUUGGGCCAUCAAGAAACUACACAAUAGAUUGCUACAAUUAGGCGGUGUUGAAUUUAGUAAAAGGGCUGAAAGUGAUGAACAAAGUAGCCAGGGUGCUGAUGGAUACUAUAUUGAAUUUCAAAACUUGCUUGUACAAAACUUGAAUGGAAAAUUCCCAUUACCGGAGGGACUUGAACCAAUAUCUGAAGAUGAACUAUUACCACCAAAAUUCAAAUUGAGUAUAGAUUUGAAAAAACCUAAAAGGAAAACAGACACAAAUAGUAAAGAAAUAGCAUUGACAAGAACUGAUUCAACUUUGAAAGCUGGUACAGUAGUGUUGAAUAAAAGAAUCACUUCUGACGAUCAUUUUCAAGAUGUUCGUCAUUUCAGAAUCCAGGAUGAUGAUGAACAAUUGGAUUAUUCACCUGGGGACACUAUGGCUCUAUAUCCAACCAAUGAUUCUAGAGAAGUUGAUGCCUUGAUUGAGAUUCAAAAUUGGACAGAUAUUGCAGAUAGAAGAGUAAUUAUUGAAAAUGAUCAUUUACCAAUAAUAGAUGGCGGUUUAAUCAAAACACCAACUUUAAGAUCACUAAUAACACAUCAUUUAGAUCUAAAGGCUAUACCUAGAAGAUCGUUUUUUGCCUUGUUAUGGCAUUUUGCAUCAGAUGAAAGAGAAAGAGAAAAACUACAGGAGUUUAGUUCUUAUAAAGACCCAGAGGAAUUGUACAAUUAUGCAAACAGACCAAGAAGAUCAAUAUUGGAAACUAUCCAAGAGUUUUUCUCAGUCAAGAUUCCAAUCGAAUAUCUUUUGGAUUUGUUUCCUAUCAUCAAACCAAGAUUGUUUUCAAUUUCAUCUCCACCAUCAUCAGACAAAGUUGAUUUGACCGUGGCUGUUGUUCAAUACAAGACCAUGAUUAGAAGAAUCAGAAAAGGGUUAUGUACUUCAUGGCUGAAAACAUUGAAUGAAGGUGAUAAGGUGAUUUAUAAAAUUGACAAGAAUAAUUUGAAGUUCCCAGGUCCUGAAGUUCCAAUAAUUAUGAUUGCUCCAGGUACAGGUGUUGCACCAAUGAGAAGCUUGAUUCACCAAAGAGUCUUUGAUUUCAAGGCAAAUAAAAACAAUUUGUACUUGUUUUUCGGUAAUAGAUUACAUGAUAAGGACUUCUUGUAUGGUGAAGAGUGGAAUGAAUUAGUUGAACAAGAAAGAUUGACACUUUUCACAGCAUUUUCAAGAGAGAGUGGUGGCUAUGUACAAGAUCAAUUAUAUUUACAAGCUGAAUUGGUUGCUGAACUAUUAACUCAUGGGAAUGCAGUCAUUUAUGUUUGUGGUUCUUCAGGUAAAAUGCCAAAUCAAGUUCGUUUAACAUUUGAAACAAUCUUGGAAGAGACUAAAGGAUUGACUAAAGAACAAUCAAAACAAUAUUUAUUAGAAUUGGAGACAAAUAAUAGAUACCUACAAGAGACAUGGUGA